CCUCUCUAAUCCACCUCUCCACCCACUUUGAUACCCCCUCCUUUCGCCUGCCUUUGUGUCGACAUUCCGCUUAGUUUCUUCUACCCCAGCUUUUGUCGCCACAAUGUUUGUCCACAAGCGCGAUGGACGGAAGGAGCGUGUGCAGUUCGACAAGAUCACCGCCCGUGUCUCGAGGCUAUGUUAUGGCCUUGACCCCGAGCACGUCGACGCUGCUGCCAUCACCCAGAAGGUCAUCUCCGGCGUCUACCACGGAGUCACCACGAUUGAGCUGGACAACCUGGCCGCUGAGACUGCCGCGUACAUGACCGUUACCCACCCCGACUAUGCCAUCCUCGCCGCACGUAUCGCCGUCUCCAACCUCCACAAGCAGACAAAGAAGCAGUUUUCGGCUGUCAUCAAGGAUCUGUACGAAUAUGUCAACCCUAAGAACAAGAAGCCCUCCCCUAUGAUCUCGAAGGAGACGUACGACAUCAUCAUGACGCACGCCGACGAGCUCAACUCCGCCAUCGUUUACGACCGCGACUUCAACUACCAAUAUUUUGGCUUCAAGACCCUCGAGAGAUCAUACCUGCUCCGCAUUGACGGCAAGGUCGCCGAGAGGCCGCAGCAGAUGAUCAUGAGAGUGGCUGUUGGCAUCCACGGCGCGGACAUUGAGAAGGUCAUUGAGACUUACAACCUCAUGUCCAACAAGUACUUCACGCACGCUUCCCCUACUCUGUUCAACGCAGGAACUCCCAAGCCCCAAUUGGCUUCAUGCUUCUUGAUCGACAUGAAGGAGGAUUCUAUCGAGGGUAUCUACGACACCCUGAAGACUUGCGCCAUGAUCUCCAAGACUGCCGGUGGUAUCGGUCUCAACGUCCACCGCAUUCGCGCUACUGGCUCUUACAUCGGCGGUACCAACGGUACUUCGAACGGUCUCGUCCCUAUGCUCCGUGUAUACAACAACACUGCUCGCUACGUCGACCAGGGUGGCAACAAGCGCCCGGGUGCUUUCGCCAUUUACCUCGAGCCUUGGCACGCCGACAUCUUCAGUUUCCUUGACCUGAGGAAGAAUCACGGUAAGGAGGAAGUCCGCGCUCGCGACCUGUUCUACGCUCUUUGGAUUUGCGAUCUGUUCAUGAAGCGUGUCGAGGCCAACGGAGAGUGGACGCUGUUCUGCCCUAACGAGGCUCCCGGUCUUGCCGACGUCUGGGGUGACGAGUUUGAGGAGCUUUACACGAGGUACGAGCGUGAGGGCCGUGGUCGCGAGACCGUCCGCGCCCAGAAGCUCUGGUACCACAUUCUCGAGGCCCAGACUGAGACCGGCAACCCCUUCAUGCUUUACAAGGAUGCUUGCAACCGCAAGAGCAACCAGAAGAACCUUGGUACCAUCCGCAGCUCCAACCUUUGCUGUGAGAUUGUCGAGUACACCGCUCCGGACGAGGUCGCUGUUUGCAACCUUGCUUCCCUGGCUCUCCCCACCUUUGUUGAUAUCAACAACGGCGUCUAUGACUUCCAGAAGCUUCACGAGGUCACCCAGGUUCUCGUCAAGAACCUGAACAGGAUCAUCGACAUUAACCACUACCCCGUUCCCGAGGCCAGGAAGAGCAACUUCCGUCACCGUCCCAUUGCUGUUGGUGUUCAGGGUCUUGCCGAUGCUUUCCUUGCCCUCCGCAUGCCGUUCGACUCUCCCGAGGCCAAGCUGCUCAACAUCCAGAUCUUCGAGACCAUCUACCACGGUGCGCUGACUGCUUCCGUUGCAUUGGCUAAGGAAUUCGGUACCUACGAGUCGUACGAGGGUUCCCCGGCCUCGCAGGGCAUCUUGCAGUACGAUAUGUGGGAGAAGACUCCUACGGAGCUCUGGGACUGGACGGCUCUCAAGGCUGAGAUCGCCGAGCACGGCACCCGCAACUCACUACUCGUCGCUCCUAUGCCCACUGCCUCCACCAGCCAGAUCCUCGGCUUCAACGAGUGCUUUGAGCCUUACACCUCCAACAUCUACUCCCGCCGUGUCUUGGCCGGCGAGUUCCAGGUCGUCAACCCCUGGCUGCUUAAGGACCUUGUCGACCUUGGCCUGUGGUCUGACAACAUGAAGAACCGCAUCAUCGCGUCUGGUGGCUCCAUCCAGAACAUCCCCAACAUCCCCGAUGACAUCAAGGCCCUGUACAAGACGGUGUGGGAGAUCUCGCAGCGCACCAUCGUCACCAUGGCUGCCGACCGUGGCGCUUUCAUCGACCAGUCGCAAUCGCUCAACAUCCACAUGCAGAACCCAACCAUGGGCAAGAUCACGUCGAUGCACUUUGCUGGCUGGAAGCUUGGCCUGAAGACGGGCAUGUACUACCUGCGCACGCAGGCCGCCGCGGCACCUAUCCAGUUCACCGUCGACCAGGAGGCGCUCAAGGUCGCCGACACGAACGUUGCGCGCCAGGCGCGCCCCAAGCGCACCAACAUGGGCGCUGGCAGCUACCAGGCCUCGUCGGUGCCUCGCCCCAUGUACAUGCGCAAGUCUUCGACGACCGACAACACCGGCAUGCCGACUCCCGAAAGCACGCCUCCGCCCCCUGCGGCAUCACCUACCCCUGCGCAGGAAAAGGUGGAUCUGACGACGCCGCGCAAGGAGGCGCACCCGAACCCGGGCUUCAAGGCGGAUGUGGCCGAGGGCGACUCGCCGAAGCUGCUGAGCACAGAUCCUACGGACGCAGUGCCCAAGGAGGAGGAGCUGCCGAGCCCGCGUGAGCCGAAGCCGGCAGGCCAGGAGGAAGACGUCGAGGGCGACUCGAAUGAUCGCGAAGGCGACAUUUACGCCGAUGCGGUGCUGCAGUGCAGUAUUGAGAACAAGGAUGCUUGUGUCAUGUGCUCUGGUUAAAGGAUUGGGCGGUUAAUUGCUGCAGAUUGCAUGUUUAGAUAUGCAUGGGCUAUGGCUAUGCUUGGAUGAAUGGGUUUUGUGCUUUUUUCAUGGGCAUCGGGGGUUUUAUGGUUGGGGUAUCACUGUAUGGCGUUGGGGUGUGUCCAGGUAGAUAUUAUAACGUUUCAUGGUUGAG